GUCGCCUCUCUACACCACACCUUCGCCUAGUGACGCGGGUAGUGCCCUUGAUAUUGGAAGCGUAAGUAAGGUAGCCAUGGCGCCGGUGAAGGUAUUUGGGCCGGCGAUGUCCCCGAACGUGACGCGCGUGCUUGUGUGCCUGGAGGAGGUAAGCGUCGAGUACGAGGUGGUCAACGUGGACUUCGCCGCCGGCGAGCACAAGGGCCCCGAGAACCUAGCCCGCAACCCAUUUGGACAGAUUCCAGCCUUCCAGGAUGGAGAUCUAAUCCUCUUCGAAUCCCGGGCAAUUUCAAGGCACGUGCUUCGCAAGUACAAGACCGACGAGGUGAACCUGCUGAGGGAAGGCGAACUGCAGGAGUCUGCGCUUGUCGACGUUUGGCUAGACGUGGAAGCGCACCAGUACAACCCUGUCAUUUCUCCCAUCGUCUACGAGCACUUUCUUGUGCCGAUGCAAGGAGGAACUCCCGACCAGAAGCUCAUCGACGAAUGCAUGGAGAAGAUGAAGAAACUGUUGGAUGUGUACGAGGCACGGCUAUCCAAGUUCAAGUACCUGGCAGGUGACUUUGUCAGCCUGGCGGACCUCAGCCACUUCCCGUACACAUGCCACUUCAUGGCGACACCGUAUGCGUCUGUGUUUGAUUCCUACCCAAGCGUCAAGGCGUGGUGGGAGGACCUGAUGUCAAGGCCAGCGGUGCAGAGGGUCGUCUCCCAGCUGCCCAAAAACUGAUAAUCACACAUGCACCGUACCAUUGCAUUCCCCUUUCUUAGAAUUUCCUCUAUGUAUUGUUUGAGACACCUAUAAGGACCCUAAAUUUCAAUAAUGUGUGUUGUGUACUUUGUAUUAAAUAUUAUUUUAUUGCAAAUCCAUAAUACCAAGAUAAAUGGAAGACCUCACCAA